AUGAGUCAAGACUCACCCAUCGAAAAGGAGCCGAGGCCCAUUGGCCGAAAGGCUGCGAAGGCAAAGAAAGCGGGUAAUUCAAGCAAUAAUAAUUCAAAGUUUUUGGAGGAAAUUGCAAGGCAGAACGGCAUAAGAAUUGAAAUGGAGCAGAAACUCCAAGAUAACGAGAUGGCAAUUCAAGCCGAGUAUGCACGAGAAAGGGGGUAUUUGCGCAAAAAAGAUAUGGACAAGACGGAUCGGGAAACCAUGGCGAUGGAUACAAGCCAUAUGUCCCCUGAAACAAAACAAUUUUGA